CUAAAAGGUUGAGCAGUCGGGAGAAAGAAGCUAAACCGUGGCUGAUUGGCAUAUUUCUUCUCCUCUUGAUGAGCAUUAGGAAUAGUUCUUUGCUUAAAUCUCUCCACUGUAGCAAAGAGAGUCCGGAUUCCUUUUCCUUGACCCAAGUAGACCCUAGGAAUAUCAGGUGGCAAGGCAAGUGAUUCCUUUACACCACCACAAUGUCUAUAAACAGAUCUCCAUGGUGUGUUGCUCAGUCUCCAUGCACAUCAAUGUCAAUCUUUUGGACCUCAAAAGGGGCUCAAAACCUCUUCUCAUGAGAUACUCAUUGAUGGGAUUUGAAUACUUGGGAGUCUUGGUAGGUUGACGUGCGGACCCUCAGCACCGGCGGCAAUGUCAUUCUGACCACAAGCCGCAAGCAAACCAACCUGUGGAAGAUGGUCUCGGUUCCUCUGUUGGCUCUGUGUUUCUCCGUUAGCCUGGUUGGGACCGUGGCUGGCAGCGGCAACAUUGCCUCUUGGCCGAGUGCUGUCAACGUAGGGGCUCUUUUCACCUUCGAUUCGACGAUAGGGAGGGCGGCGAAGCUGGCCAUCGAGCUGGCCGUCGAGGAUGUCAACAGCAGCCCGAGCGUUCUCGCUGGGACGAGGCUCAACUUGUAUGCGCAGGACACCUACUGCAGUGGGUUUUUUGGGAUUAUAGAAAGCUUGCAGCUGAUAGAGAAAAAUGUGGUGGCCAUCAUUGGUCCACAGUCCUCUGGGAUUGCCCAUGUCGUCUCUCAUGUUGCAAACGAACUCCAUGUGCCACUUCUCUCAUUUGCAGCUACGGACCCAGCCCUUUCUUCUCUCGAGCAUUCUUAUUUUAUACGCAUGACUCAAAGUGACUAUUUCCAGAUGAAUGCCAUAGCUGAUUUGGUUGGAAACUAUGGUUGGAGAGAGGUCACUGCGAUCUUCACAGAUGAUGACUUCGGGAGAGGUGGAAUAGAUGCUUUGGGUGACGCACUUGCGAAGAGACACACUAAGAUCUCCUACAAAGCUGCCAUCCCUCCUAAUGCCAACGAAAGUGCUAUUGAUGAUUUGUUGGUGAGAGUAAACUUCAUGGAGUCUCGAAUUUAUGUCGUUCAUGUGAACCCUGAUUCUGGUCUUAAAGUUUUCUCCAUUGCAAAAUAUCGUGGUAUGAUGGCUACUGGUUAUGUAUGGAUCACAUCAGAUUGGCUUACUUCUGUUUUAGAUUCAUUUGGUUCCCCCAAUCCUGAUACCAUGGACCUUAUCCAAGGGGUCAUUGCUCUUCGUCAGCAUGUCCCAGAUUCUGAUGUCAAGCAAUCAUUUAUAUCAAGAUGGAGUGAUAUGCGUCGGAGAGGUAAUACCACGUCAAGCUUGAACACAUAUGCAUUGUAUGCUUAUGAUUCAGUUUGGUUAGUUGCCCAUGCUAUCGACCAGCUCCUCAAAGGAGGACAGACAUUUAAUUUCUCUGAUGAUCCUAAGUUGCAAGAUGCAAAUGGAAGUUCACUGCAUUUGACUGCAAUUAAGAACUUCAACACCGGGGACAAUUUGCUUCAUGAGCUGCUGCUGACGAAGUUUACAGGCCUGACCGGUCAAGUUCAGUUCGAUUCAGAUGGCAACUUGAUCCAUCCAGCCUAUGAUAUCCUUAAUAUUGGAGGGACAGGUUUCAGGAGAAUAGGAUUUUGGUCCAAUUAUUCGGGUCUUUCAGUUAUUUCUCCAGAAAGUUUGUACAGUAAACGACCAAACACUUCCGACGGUAGUCAGCAGCUUUAUAGUGUCAUUUGGCCUGGAGAAACUAUGACAACGCCUCGUGGUUGGGUGUUUCCCAACAGUGGAAAGUCUCUAAGAAUUGGAGUUCCUUACAGAACAAGCUUUACAGAAUUUGUAUCUAAAGAUAACGGCCCUGACAAUGUGAAGGGAUACUGUAUUGAUGUGUUUAAAGCUGCAGUCAACUUGUUGCCUUAUCCAGUUCCAUUGUCAUUCAUUCUGUUUGGAAAUGGUUCUAAGAAUCCAAGCUACGAUGAAUUGGUGGAGAAAGUUCAUGAAAAUUACUUCGAUGCAGCUGUGGGGGACAUAUCUAUCGUGACAAAUCGAACGAGGAUCGUUGAUUUUACGCAGCCAUAUGCAGAGUCAGGGCUUGUCAUUGUUGCACCUGCCAAAGAGCAACACUCAAAUGCUUGGGCUUUCCUAAAACCUUUCAACACUACAAUGUGGUGCGCCACAGGAGCUUUCUUCCUUUUUGUGGGUUUAGUUGUUUGGAUUCUUGAGCAUCGUCUGAAUCAAGAUUUUCGUGGGUCUCCAAAGCAACAAAUUGCAACUAUUUUUUGGUUUAGUUUAUCGACGAUGUUCUUUGCUCACAGAGAAACCACUGUGAGCACCCUUGGACGGUUCGUGCUGAUUGUAUGGAUGUUCGUGGUCUUGAUUAUCAAUUCGAGCUACACCGCAAACCUGACAUCAAUUCUUACUGUUCAGCAGCUCUCGUCGAGGAUUGCAGGCAUUGAUACUUUAAUGUCAGGUUCCGACCCAAUUGGAUACCAAGUUGGUUCGUUUUCAAAAAACUAUAUGAUCGAAGACCUCAACAUAGAUGAGUCCAGAUUGGUGCCACUUAAUGAUCCUGACGAAUAUGCAAGGGCACUUGACCUUGGGCCACGAGGUGGGGGCGUAGCAGCAAUCGUCGACGAGCUUCCGUACAUUGAAGUUUUCUUGUCUGAUAAUUGCAAAUACAUCACGGUUGGUCAGGAGUUCACUAAAAGUGGAUGGGGAUUUGCAUUCCCAAGAGACUCUCCUCUUGCGCUGGACUUGUCGACCGCCAUCUUAACGCUGUCAGAGAAUGGUGAUCUGCAAAGGAUCCACGACAAAUGGUUGACACAGAGCGGAUGCACUUCUCAGGACAGUGACACUGAUUCAAACCAGCUAAGCUUUGCCAGCUUCUGGGGCCUUUUUCUCAUCUGCGGUCUUGCUUGUUUGAUGGCUCUCAUGAUCUUCUUCCUGAAGACACUCUGUCAGUAUCGCAAAUAUAGUACUCAAGCUAAAGUUGGGUGUUCUGAAUCCGAGAGGAGCGUCGAAUGUACAAGUUACAUUAAGGAGUUGCUUUCUUUUGUCGAUAAAAAGGAAGAAGACGUCAAGAAAUUUAUGAAGAGUAAAUCGAGUGAGAAACAACAACAAAAUCAGCAAGAUUCUGAUGGACAAUCCAUGUCAAACAAAUUCGAGAUAUAAGUGAAAUAAUUACUUGGUUGUCAGGAAUA